AUGCUCGACCGUAGGAUUGAUCGGUCCCAUCGCGACUGGUUCAUGAGACACAUGAAGGAUAUCAUCGAUGCACUGAAAGAGUUACGCAGUAUGUUACCCUUUGAAAAGUGUUCCACUCAUAAUGGGCUAAGCAGCCUUCUAACCGACUUGGAAAGCACUAUCUUUAGGCUUAAAAUUAGCUUCUCUCACAAAAAAGUCGAACUCCUUGAAACUAUCAAUAAUAGGAACGAUGAGUUACGCAACUGCCUCUAUAUGUCGUCUCAACUCCAUAUAAGUCGAACCUCGCUUCAGACAACAAAAGAUACGAAAAAGCAGGCAAGAUCUCUCGGAAAACAGCAAGAGCAGGAGUCAGUUUUUAGCGGCUUCAAAAGCCAAUGGAUAUGUUGCUGUAAUCCCGAUAAAUGUCAUUCGUGUGGUAUUUCCACUGAAGGAUCAGACAUUAAACGUCUUUUAAAUGGCGCAAGGAACCAUCAUCUCAAAAUUGUGGUGGUUCAAAGUGAAGUGAAGCAUACAACAGAACCAUCGACAGUGCCUACUCAGGCUGACUUGAGAGAUCUGACGCAGAAGUCUAUUAGGAAACGCAUAUUAAAGAAUAUGAGAAAACAAGGCAACAGCAUUAGUAGACUGGUACCGUCAAAGUUGUUGACAUUGUCCAAUACAAACAAUAACAGGACUAAUAACAAACACGACAAAAGCUUUGAAAGGCUACCUGAAAAUCUCAAGAAACGAAACAAGAAAGAAAGCAGUGUAAAUAUUACACGAACCCCUAAAGUUCAGUUCAACUUGCCUUCAGAACCGGUUGAAACUCCAACUUCCAUGUACACUGUCAACUUCAGAGGUCAAGCAAUUAGCGAUAUGUGUCUCCAGCACUAA